AUGUCGACAGUCAACGUUCCCUAUACCACCACGCAAGCCGGAUCGGCAACUUCCAUUACCGGGGAUCUUCCUAAAUAUCCGAGUCAGACCACGCAUCCUCUCACCUAUAUUCUUCCCGAUCCUUUGCGCAACUGGCCAUACGAGCGCAUAAUCAACCCUCAUUUUGAAAGAGUUAAAGCCGAGUCUGCCGCAUGGACGAAGAGCUUUGAACAAUUUUCCCCCUCUGUGCAAGCUGCUUUUGAUGAGGGAGUGUUCAGCAUUCUCCGAGACGGUUGCGAUUUGAUGCAAAUUUAUUUUAUCCUGGACGAUAACACUGAUGCUGUAAAUGCUGAAGUGGCGAGGCUACACUGCAACGCCGUCAUGGAGGCCGUUAUUAACCCUGAAACGCCUCGUCCAGAGGGUGAGCCAAUCAUCGGCGAAAUUACUCGACAGUUCUGGAAGCGGGCAUCUGCAAAUUCUCCCAAAGCAGCCAAGGAGCGAUUUAUUAAGACUUGGAUCGCCUAUGUCGAAUCCAUAUAUUUGCAAGCAAAUCGACGGGAUAAAUCAUAUAUAUGUACUAUCGAUGAGUAUAUAGCUACCAGACGCGAUAACAUCGGAACGUAUCCCACUUUCUUCUUUACUGAAAUGUCCCUCGGCGUCGACAUUCCCCAUCACAUCAUGGAGCACCCUAUCAUUGUUCGCAUGGCCAGGGACAUCAUUGACUUGACUACACUUGGGAAUGACAUGUAUUCCUACAAAAAGGAGGUUUUGGCAGGCGAUACUGGUUACAAUGCUGUCACCGUAGUGAUGCACAACCUUCGCCUCAGCGUCGAUGAAGCCAUUCAGUGGAUAUCCAACCUUCAAGACGACUUGGUGGCCGAUUUUCUUACGCUUCGGGAAGACGUUGUGAACAAAAGAAGCUUCUCUACCUAUGGAGCUGAGAUGGACCGUCAAAUUGAAUCAUAUAUUGAUGGACUUGGUCAGUGGAUGCGCGGAGUUACAGACUGGCAUUUUGAAUGUGGGAGGUACUUUGGCACCGCCGAAGGGACUGAGAUACAGAGAACUCGCAAAGUUGUCAUUUCCUAA